AUGGUUGCUUGGUCCAUUGAACUGUCACAAUUCGACAUUCGCUUUGAACCGAGGGGGCCUAUCAAGGCCCAAAGCAUAGCUGACUUCAUCAAUGAAUUCACACCACCAAUACUUCCUGAAACAUACCUCUGGACACUACACGUGGAUGGGUCUUCAAACCAGCAAGGCAGUGGUGCCAGCAUUAUUUUGGAAGGUCCCAGAAAAAUUGUAAUAGAACAGUCACUGCGGUUCGGAUUCAAAGCGUCUAAUAACCAAGCAGAAUACGAAGCCCUUCUUGCAGGACUCAGAUUGGCAAUCGAUGUCAACAUCACUAAAAUCCAGUGCUACAGUGAUUCACAAGUGGUGACGGGGCAGGUCAAUGGAACUUUUCAGAUCAAAGAACCAACUUUAUUGUUGUAUUUUCACGCGUUCCAGAAGCUGAAAAGCCAAUUUGAAGCUGUCCAAGUCAUGCAUACUCUCAGGGAGCACAAUACUAGAGCUGACCAGUUAGCCAAAUUAGCUAGUAGCAAGAAAACUAGCCACUUGCGCAGCAUGAUACAGCAAGAGCUGGUAAGCCUGAGCAUCGAUGAAACCGAGUGUCUGCAGGUCGACCAAGGAAGCCCCUACUGGAGGGAUCCCAUAAUCAACCACCUUCUCACCGGGGAAUUGCCGGAGGACUCCCUCAAAGCUAAGAAAUUGAGAACCACAGCAGCGUGUUACACGUUAGUCGCUGGAGAAUUAUAUAAACGAGGCAUCUCCCACCCUGUAUUGAAGUGUCUCACUCCCGAACAAGCGCACUACGUCAUCCGGGAGAUCCAUGAAGGUGUGUGUGGAACUCACUCGGGAAGCCAAACUCUCGCGGCCAAAGUCCUUCGUGCAGGAUAUUAUUGGCCAACCCUAGUCGUAGAUUGCGCUGAAUUUGUUCAACAAUGUAAACCAUGCCAACAAUUUGGGCCGAUCACACACCAACCUCCCGAAGAGUUGCACUCCAUCACGGUCCCAUGGCCAAGCAGUGGCCGCCAUAACGGCCAACAACGUCCAAAAGUUGUUUUGGAAGAACGUGUCACACGCUUUGGGAUCCCGUAUGCAUUGAUCACUGACAACGGUUUACAAUUCACCGAUCCUCGCUUCAAUGACUUCCUUUCAGAAUUAGGCAUCAAGCAUAAAAUGACUUCCGUUGAGCAUCCCCAGUCCAACGGGCAGGCCGAAGCUGCCAACAAAGUUAUCCUCAAAGAAUUGAAGCGACGACUCAGGCAAGCCAAGGGCUCGUGGCCAAAUCACCUACCAGAGAUUCUGUGGGCAUAUCGCUGUACUCCGCAAAGUUCUACCAAGGAAACCCCCUUUCGGCUGACUUACGGAACCGAUGCUAUGAUCCUAGUAGAGGUUGGAGAACCUUCUCUCCGACGACAACAGUUUGAUGAGGAAACCAACAAGGCAGCUCUCAGCAUAGACUUAGAUCUUGUCGAUGAAACACGUGAGUCAGCACUCGUCAACAUGGAAGCUUGUCGAACCAGGGCAGCUAGGAAAAUCAGAACAAAGGUGAAGCCUCGUCGUUUCCAGACAGGGGACCUAGUAUGGCGGGUCACAGGCGAAGCAAGAAAGGAUAAGACUUAG